CCGUUUGGUGAGAAGAACGUGCCGGCGAGCGAUCGACACCACGAGGAUCGGAGCGAUCGAUCGGAAGGGAAGCUUCGCCGUGCGUGUAAGCUGCGAGGAUCUUCUGCGAUUUUCCGGCGAGCACGAUGAGUUUCCUCUUCGGCCAGAGAAAAACUCCCGCAGAACUUCUGCGGGAAAAUAAGAGGAUGCUAGACAAGUCCAUUAGAGAAAUAGAAAGGGAAAGGCAAGGUCUUCAAACUCAAGAAAAGAAGUUGAUCACUGAGAUAAAGAAAAGUGCCAAACAAGGACAGAUGGGUGCUGUGAGAGUAAUGGCUAAGGACCUCAUCCGAACUCGACAUCAGAUCGAGAAAUUUUACAAGCUGAAAUCACAACUUCAGGGUGUAGCUUUAAGAAUUCAGACGCUGAAAUCAACUCAAGCAAUGGGUGAGGCCAUGAAAGGUGUAACCAAGGCAAUGGGGCAGAUGAACAGACAGAUGAACUUGCCAUCGUUGCAGAGGAUAAUGCAAGAAUUCGAGAGGCAGAAUGAGAAGAUGGAGUUGGUGAGCGAGGUCAUGGGAGAUGCUAUAGACGAUGCCAUGGAAGGCGACGAAGAAGAGGAGGAGACCGAAGAGCUAGUUAAUCAGGUGCUCGAUGAGAUUGGUAUUGAUAUGAACUCAGAGCUUCUAACUGCACCCUCAGGUGCUGUUGCUGCUCCCGCUGCGACGAACAAGGUUGCACAAGCCGAAUCUGCAGGGACUGCUGACAGCGGAAUCGAUGAUGACUUACAGGCGAGGUUGGAUAAUCUACGAAAGAUGUAAAUAAUUGUCGAAAGGUAAAAGAUAGACAAACAUUCGGAAGUAUGCUUGAAUAACGAGAUGAAUUCAGUCUCACGCGCGCCGCUUCUUUGUAGAUAUAUGGCUACAAGAUGUUACCCAAUUUUAAGAUUGUAAAACGGGCAGGGAAUGUAACGUACCCCUUUCAAUUAUAAGCAGAAAUUCUUAAUCCUUGUGCUA